UUCGGAUAAUGGCGGACCGUCAAAUCUAGCCAACUUCAGUUGUAACUUAUCAUUAAAGCCGGGAAACAGAUACCGAAAAGCGGAUAGACAAUACACUUUUUAGAUGGAGUGUUGGGCAGAAUCGCUAGCUGACUGAUGUGUCCAGCAGUCUGGAAGACAAGACAGACUCAUGUCUCUCUGAAUAAAGCUGCAAGAGGGUUGUCAUAGCGAUGUGGAGUCGCUUCCAAAGUGAGGCGGGGCCGCCAGCUGCUGUCUCAUCCCAGCCUGCCCUCUCUGGGCAGGAUAACAGGAGAGAGAUAUCAAAUGCCUGGAAUAGUCUAAAUCAGACCAAAGCUGCCUUACGGCACAUUGAGAAUCGUCUGGAGGCUGCACCUGGCUCUGGAGUGCUUCUGGAUGUGGUGCUUGACACAAAGAAAGCAACUUUUAGUGGCAGUCUGAAAAUAAGCCGCAGAGAUGGGCAUCGUGUGGAUGAAAGUGGGUCCAAGUCCAGAACACGGAGUCGCCGUAGUCCAGACAAAAGUUCCCGAAGUCCACUGAGGAACAGCACUCUGGACAACAAUGCCAGGAAGCCUAGCACCGUAGAGUUUAGAGAACCACUCGCUUCAUACAGGGAAGAUUCUCCACUGUCAGUGUCCCAGAUGCACUCUGAACCCGACCCCCAUUCGCUACCAGUGGAUGUGGGUGUCUCUCAGCCGGACUGUGUCCUAAGCCGGCUGGUCUAUCAGCGUGACACCCGAGACAUGCAGACUGCAGAACUGGACAGCACCCACUCCUCAGCUAUAGACGGUACAUCUGUACGCUACCUCAAUGAUCUGUCUGCUCUUAACACCAUUCACCAUCCUGACCAAGCUACAACGGGGUCAGAGGUCAAGCCCAAAACACACUCACAGGCUGAGAUGUCUCACUCUUUCCUGGUGUCCAGCCCGGGUUCAGUCUCCGCUUCACUACGGCUAGAGAACCUACGACGACGGCAACCAGACGAUAAACUACAAAAGCUGAAAGAGCGAAUUCGCAAACAGAGGGAACAUCUGGAGGAGGCUAUGGAUAGAAACAAUCUGCAGGGAUACCUGGAUAAGCCAGUGGGAAUUGGGGAGGCAGGACACAGUAUCACAGCACCCAAUGCUAAAGUUCGUAAAGUGGCCCCAGCCCCUCCGGCACCCAUUUAUAAAGGCUUCAACACAAGAGAAACUAAAAUUCGCACACCUGAUGGAAAAGUGUGGGCCCAGGAGGAUUUCCAGAAUUUAAGCAGGGAAAUGUACAAAGACCUGACACAACAGCUCACAGCAGAGAGUGUAAAACCAAAGCAGAGACCUGCAGAUCGAGAGCGGGCCAACAAGAAGAAACCAUCCAAGCCUGUCAGGAAAGUGCACAGGUCUUCCUCUGCACCAGACUCCAAUCCUAAACCAGCAAUCAGCACGUCAUCAUGGCGAGAUGGUCAGAAGCUGGUGAAGAUGAUGUUGGGGCCAGCGUCACGGUUACACAGAGAGCCCCGGGCACAGUCCACAGAGAGACAGAUGAGAACAGACCCUGUUCCUCGCGCUAGCUCCGAUUCUCGUCUGGAGCGGACCCGCCGUUCUAGGCCCAACAGAACAGAACAACCUUGCAAUCACGUGCUUCCUGAGGAGCCAGCUGGACACUCUAGAUCAGCAGGGGUGGAUAGAGGCAAGUCUUCCAACACAGACCUCCUCUCAGCUGACAUCCGUGGCAUCCUAGAUGACCUUCAGUUGGAGGAGGACAGCAGAAGGGAACCAGCCCAGCCCAGCUCCAGAGUUCGUGCCUCAACCCGAGCUUCCCGCAGUACCAGUCCUGCCAAGACUACAAGGACACUAGAGCCCCCAGAGCCGCACUUACCAAAGAAGCGGUACUAUGAUGCAGAGGCAGUGCGUAUGUACAUCGCUCAAAAACAGGAGGAGCGUAAGAAACGGCAAGUGGAGGAAAGGAAGGCUCAGAGAGAGGAGGAAGAGAAGAAGAAUAAACGUCUCCAGGAGCUCUACAAAAGACAGCGUUCAGGAGCUACAAAGGGCCCGGCAGCACCUGAAGGGGCAAUUAAGAAGCGACUGCAGGAAACAUACACCAAACUAUUGCUGGAACAGACUCCGCAUGGAGGAGAGAUCAACGCUGCUUCAGAAACAAAUAUUAGCCAACAGCUGAGACCAGUGUACCAACCAUCGGGAGAGUCUGAUAAAGAAAACAAAAGACACGAUCGACCUCAGAGUGCCACCUCAAGCAGUGAUCUAUCUCUUACGGGGCGACUCCAGCCCCCUUUCUCCAGGAAUGAGUUGGGAUUUGCAUGUCCGCCCUGGCUCCAGUCUGAUCGGUGUAGCCCUGCUUUAAUGAAAAGUAGCAACACUCUACCACCCCCCUCUGGCCAAAUAUUUUCUCAGCUCUUAGAACUCAAUCCAGAACCAUCAGGACCCGAAAGAGUUUCCAGAAUUUCACCUUUUGCAUUCCCCUCAGAAACAUCCCGCAAAAUGAGCCGUAUCGAGGCUCUGAGGGCCACCGCUGCCUCUCUUUCCAAUCGCAUAGAGAGCGAGGCAUGCAAGCUAGCCAGUGCCGGAAUAAACUACAGUUGUGCCAGGGAUACAGUCACUGGGCUUUCGAUCCCAAACGAUAACCACUGGGCCAAGCCUGUCAGUCCACCAGUCAGAGAGAAUCAGACCGAAUCUGAUGACCUGGUUGAAAGGAUUCAGAGGCUCCUUGCUGCAGGUCAAAGCACCUAUGAUGAUGCCCUACCAGGAGUUGGCAACCUGCACAGCUUUAGGGAAAGAACUGAGGAUGUGGACAAACCCUACUCAACACCUCCUGCCUCAGGCCUCACGUCUAGAAACGUACACAAGACCCUUUCUCCUCCAAAGCCUCAUAUAAAGGAAGUUGUGCUGGACUCCAGUGGAGGUUCCAUCAGCGAGGGUCCUCUGUUGAGUGAGGGCAGCAUUUCUGAUGGUGAAGAUCUCCAAGAGCUGCCAAAAUCCAGUCACAAACAGAGAACCAUUGGAUACUGUGCAGCUCAGCAGAAUGGAGACUGUUUGAACCCAAUUUCACGCUUCCAGAAAGAGGCAGAGAUGGACCUGCCCUUUAGUCCGGCACGUGUUAUACGAGAGAGCAGUGGACCAUGGGAAGAACUGGCCAAGGGAAGCCCACACAGUGUUAUCAGUAUAUUCACCAAGAACAUGCAGAGUUAUGGCAAUGCAUUUGAAGAGAGGGGAGGUAAGAGUUCCCCAGCUCUCCGCUCUGUUCUUUCUGCUUCCAGCUCAUUUGAUGGAAUGAUCUAUGAGGAUGACUUCAUUUCUUCUCGUGGCAGUAGCCAAUCAGCAUCCAAGAGAAGUCCAAAUGGGCUCAGUAAGAGCCAUGGUGGGUUCAGUCCCUCUGACGUGGUGCUGAGUGGCAGAGGGAGAUCACCCAAUUCACCAACCCUCACACCCCUCUCCUCUCCACACACCAGCUCAGGCAGCAAGAGAGCAUCAGAGAAGAGCCUGCUGGAGGUGCAGAGAAAAACAUCCUCUGCAGUCUAUGAUCUCCCUGCUGAGGGUUUCAAAAAGAGCAGUUCAGAGAAGGCAUCCAGUCGAAGCUCUCACAGGAGCAUUGGCACAGAUGGUACACUAGGGGGAGCCUCAGCCCACUCCAUCCACAGUUUUGGCUCAGAAGAAAAGAAAUCUCCCCGAAGCUCUGGUACAACUCCUUCUCCAGCUGGAUCUAGUUAUUCUCGGCUGUCUCCGGGUGACAGUAUCCCAGUCAGAGGGUCUGCCCAAGGGUCAAGCCCCCCUCACACUGCCCUGCCCAGUUCCUCCUCAUCCUACUCUUCAGCUGGCAAGGCUAAAUCCAACCCCUCGCCCCAUACUCGGAGCCCCCGAGCCGAACAAAGGACUUCAGGCUCAACAGAGCUGGAUUUUGCACCUGGAGUCCUGCAGCAGUGUCUGUCUGCCGAGCUCAGUUACCUGGAUGCAGUGGAGGAAUCGGUGCGACAGCUCAGUGAUGUGGCGAGAGUAAGAGGCGUGUCUCUCGCUCAGCAAGAAACAGUCUCACUCGCUCAGAUUCUGAAGUCCCAACAGCAGAGGCAUGAGCGUGAUCUUUACCUGCUGAGGAUGAAGGCAGAGCAAGAAGCCCUGGAAACACAACGGCAGCUGGAAGAGAGCAGGCAGAGAUCCGCACGGGCCCAUGCAGAGCUGCAUGAAAGUUUGCUCCAGUCUCAGCAGCAGGCGUUAGGAGGUCUGCAUGAGGCUACAAACAAGAUGAUGAACCAACAGACUGAGGCUGCUCGCCACACAGCUGAAACGGCACGACACAUUAAAGAGAUGACUGAGCUGGCUCGUUCACAGAUUGCAGGUGCUAUGAGUGUUCCUGGCCCUUCUAUCACACCUCUGUUUGACCAGCAGAAACUGGACAGCCAAAGUUUGAAACCACGCCAGUCACAUCUCCACAAGGACAGUAGUUGGAAGAGUGAGCUUUCUUCAGAGAGAGCCCAGCAAGAGGCUGAGUCACCACCGGACAGCCUCUCGGAGUCCAUCCCUUCCAGGAGACCCACCAUCAGUGGUGGAGGCAGCAGUAGUACUCAACUUAGUCCAUCUAAUUCUGAUCAGAAGGAGAAAACGACAACAGAGAAGGACAGGACUAGUUGUUCAGUGGAGGACCAGGCUCACACCACUGCUGAUGACUCCCUUCGCACAGACAGUGUGCACAGCGUGCUUGAAGAGAAAGCAGACAGUGCCUCUAUUGCCACAGAGUACUCUGUGAAGUUUGAUGACUCUAUGACGGAGGAUGAGAUUGAGGAAAAAUCGUUCCGUUCUCUUUUACCUUCUGAGGCUCACCGUCGUGAAUCGCUGGACAGGAAACCUAAUCCAUGCCCAGAAUCUGAUGAUGACCACAGCCAUGACAGAACCAGCCCCAGAGAGAGCUCAAAGCAGGAUGCCAGCAUGCCCUUCUCUAGAGGCCAGGACAGCUUCUCCAAGUUCACAAUGGACCUGGUGCAUCAGUAUAUGAAGGAAGAUGAGGUUCGAGCGCAACAUCAGAGUUCCUUACUGCGCUUGCGUCAGAAAGCCCUCAGAGAGAAGACCCAAGCUGAGCUGGCCUGGUUGGAACAUCAAAAGAGGCAUCUCCAAGAUAAAGGAGAGGAUGAUAAGAUGCCACCCCUCCGUAAGAGACAAAGAGGCCUUAUUUUGAAACUACAACAGGAACAGGCAGAGAUCAAGCGACUGCAGGAGGCCAAUAAAGCAGCAAGGAGAGAGAGACAACUCCUCCUCAAACAGCAGGAGGAGAUCGAGAGGAUGAGACACACAACCCUCAAACUCAAAGAACGGCUCAAGAGUGCCGGGGAGACCAACCUGGAGUCACCUGUGUCAGGUGUAGUGGAGGAGUCGGCUCCGCCCAGUGUGAUAGUGACGGAUGCAGAGACACGUAGUCCCUCCCCUAUGUCUGUGUCUGGAAGUGAAACCAGCAGUAUCAUGCAGAAACUAAAGAAGAUGCGCUCUCACAUGGAUGAGAAACACUGUUCUCCUGUCCAUUACUUCUUCUCUGUCUUUACUGCUCGUCAUUGGGCCUCUCUGUCUGUCUGUCUCCCAAAUCUCCAUCCCAAAUUCCAGCAUUUUAUCUACAGCCAGUUGGUCAGAUUUCUCACUAAGAGAGAACAGCAGUUGAUGCAGAGGCGUAGACAUGCGGAGGAACUUCUUGAGUGGAGGCAGCGAUUGGAUGUGGAGGAGGCCGAGGUGCGACGCAUGGAGAAACAGGCACUGGCAGCCUGGGAAAAACAACAGACACGCAGCAGAACACCACUGCAGCAGCUCAGUAAAACCUGCGCCAGACCAGAGAGUCCCACCGAACUAGAAGCAGGCAGUGAGGAUGACUCCCCAGCACUAUCUGUGUCCAGUGUGCAAACAGAUGCUUCUUUUCCAGAGGAGCUGGCUAGCCCUUCCUCAGACCGGCCUGAUUCUGAGCUACCCUCACCUGACCUGGGCGGCAGCCCUGAACUCCACUCCACAGACAGCAAACGGUCUCCUUCAGGGAAAGCCAGCCUCAGCUCUCUUCAGCAUUCAGACAGUAGCCUGGCUGGUAUCGUCACUGGCACCAGCGGAAGUGGCAGGAUCCAGGUGUGCUCCGGCUCCAAAACCAGUGAGCCCUACACCAGUGACCCCAAGUCAGCCACUCCAUCCGAGACCACAUCAGAUCAGAGUGAUAUUGAGAGCCGUAUUCAUGCCCUCAAGGAUGAGCUCCGUAAGCGUAAAUCAGUGGUGUACCAGCUGAAGAAAGUGCAGAAGAAGAGACAAAAAGAACGUCUGAAAGCUCAAGAGGCCAGUCUUCUGAAACAACUUGAGUCAUAUAAUGACUUUAUCCUGAAGACCAAGGAAGAGUUAAGUAAAGAGCCUGACAGAACUCCAGCUACUAAACCCCAGAUUAAAACUCACACGUCGGCAUCUGAAAAGCCUUGGAUAAAACCCCCUCCGCUUCAGAGGCCUGAGACCAGCAAGAACUGGAAGAUUGCCACAGAGUCUGAGAAAUCAGAGAAGGUGCCCACAGAGACGUCAGUUGAGAAAGAUGAUGUGGCUGCAUCAGAACCUUAUAAAUAUGCAUCAGAACAUGAGGAAAUGUAUAAAUAUUCAUCAGAACAUGAGGAAAUUUCUUCAGAUGAAGAUCCUCCUACAGUCACCCCAACCCCAAUUAUGGGAAGCCCAGAACAUAUGAACAUUUUGAGGAGUUUGCAUAGUCCAGAGUACCCUAGCCACCAUUCAGAGGAUAUCCCUUCGCUCAAGGAGUAUUCUACCAGCCCAGGGGCCAAUGACAUUCUUUCGGGAGACGAGAGCAUGGUGUCUAGCAAGAGGUCAGAUAUUAUGGAGGAACUAGAAUAUGCAAAGUCAGAGGGAUCUGAAAAUGACCACUCUGACCCUCUUCCCAAACUGGAUCUUGGAUUUAAGAUGUCGUCUCUGAAAGAUAUGGACUGCAAACUGGAAGAAGAUAGGUUUUCUGGGAAGGAUAGUCAGGAUGCUGAUGAAAAGCCAGCCUUUGUAGAUACUGCUGAAUCUGGAGAGGCUCAAAAUUUUAGAAUGGGCUCAAAUGAAUCCCCUGUGGAUAAAUCAAAAGAUCUAGGCUACCCGCUAGCUGAAAAGAGUCCCUGUGUCAUGGAUCAUUCUUGCACUGGCUUCUCAUUGUCUCAGAGGGAGGAUUUACCAGAGAUUAAAGAGAUGACGUCACCCUUGGUUGAUGGCUAUAAUGAUGAUUUCCAGUCUUUUUUUGGGUCACCAUUCAAGGAGGAUAACCAUACAUCAAAACCUACGUCACCUUCAGCCUCAGAGCUCAAGGAACAAUCUUGUAAGUCACCAAUAUACAGUAGUAAGGAGGAAAUUGAAAAAGAACUAGGUGUAGGAUCAGAAAGUACCAAUGGCAGCUUCCAAGCUGAUAGCCUUGGAAAAGGCUCCAAAGAAGACAUUGCUAGACAUUUAAAAUGUCCAACUUCUCCACAGCCCAUAAAAACAACCUUGCCAAUAAAGGAUGAUUUGCUAAGCUUCUGCAUUGGAGAUAGGGUUUUGGUGAGUAACAUACAACCAGGGACCCUGAGAUUCAAAGGACAGACCAACUUUGCCAAUGGAUUCUGGGCUGGAGUGGAACUGGACAACCCUGAGGGAAGUAACAAUGGAACCUAUGCUGGCGUGGUGUACUUUGAGUGUAGGGACAGCCAUGGUAUAUUUGCCCCACCGGACAGGAUCUCUCGUCUUCCAGAAAACUUUGAGGCUCACGCAGACACGGAAGGUGAAAAUUCUUCAUUUGAUGAUCAGCUAAGCAGAAAACCCAAAGAGUCCAACAUGGAGAAGCAGUUUGAGCACAGAAAUCUGUUAAACAAAAGGAAAGAAGAAAAAUCUGACCUAGAUUUGCAUUCUGAGGACAGAGGGCCUUAUUAUGAACAAGACAAGCGAUUUGAAUUCAACAACAAACAGCUUUCCUCUGGGAAAAUUACCUUUAAUAAAUCACUGCAUAACCUGGGUUUUAAUGAUAUUGACUGCAAUACCAUUAAGGACUGUGACAGUGGUUCACAAGUGGUGCCCAACGGUGGAGGCAGGGACAUCAUUCUUGAAUUUGAGGAUACAUCUGUUGAUGUUGUUCCAUUGCUAAAUAAUUUGGAUAAAGAGACAUCUAAAAGACCAAAGCAGCCAGAGGAACCAACAGCAGUCAUUUUGGACCUGUUGGUUGAGGGGGAGAAAUCCAAAGUCGAUGGCCUUCAUAAAUCCACAGACAUCUCCAUCAAGGUGGCAGAUACUAGAGAGGACAUGAAUAACAAAAAAACAUUGACUACCCUUGCAGAUAAGCUUGUGGACAACUUUUUAAGUGAUGCUGUGAAGCAAUUCCAGAAAAUCAGAAAAGACAAAGAGAAGCUAUCAGCUUCUAAUCAUCUGAAAAGAGACUUAGUCAACGAAGAUGAUGGACUUCACUUCAAGUCUCAGAACAGGUCACAGUCCAAUACAAGGACAGAUAGUUUCCGCACCUUCUUUGAUGAUGACCAUGAAGAACUUUCAUCUCCUGAGCAUUGCAACAGACUAGAGAGCCCUGUCCUGGAUACAAGCGGACAGCAAGAGCUAGCCAAACGUCUGGCUGAGCUGGAGCUAAGUCGUGAGCUCUUCAAUGUCCUUGGGGAAGAACAGGACUGGUUUGAUGAAGACUUUGGUCUCAGUUCACGAAAACAACAGCAGAAGCUAGAUCGUCAGCAGCAGCAGGAGGGGAUUUCUAGCUCUCCAAGUCUGGGUCCAGGGGAACCAGGCAAAACACCACCUAGGCCAGAGCUUCCCUUGCCGAUGAAGCAACCAGAGGAGCCUGCCAUGAUUGUUCCUCACAAUGUCCAGAAUUUGGAGAAAAUGGUCAGUGCUGCUACUCAGGAGAUCUGGAAAAGCUGCAGGCUGGGUCAUGGUAGACCAAGUCUUGCUGGAGUACCCAAACCUCAACCCUCUAAUGAUUUUCUGGGUGGAGACACCAAAGCCAAUGACCAGGAGGCCCAAUGCAAACAAAGUUACAAACUGGCAGUCUUUGAUUUAUCAUGGGAAGUCAUUCAAGACAUCUAUACAGAAGAUCCAAAAGUUGAUCAACCACAGUGGAUGAAGCCACGUCGCCUUAAUUCAACCUACUUCCAUCGGGUCAAAUGCCCCAAUGAUAUCACAAGGGUCCAGGAAUUUGUCACCACUGAGGUAUUAAAGCUAUGUGGUCUAAAGAAAGAGCAGAAUCAAAAAACAGACUGGCAGAAGAUGAUCAAAUUUGGCCGGAAAAAACGAGACCGAGUUGACCACGUUCUAGUCCAGGAGUUGCAUGAAGAGGAAUCCCAGUGGGUGAACUAUGACGAGGAUGAACUUUUUGUAAAGAUGCAUCUAGCUGAUGGGAUUUUUGAUGCCUUGCUAAAAGACACAGCUGACGUUCUGACACAAAUCCAAGAGAAAAGAUCCAAAAGAACACUCUGAUGAUACUUUCAUCUGUACAGAGAAAUGCUUUUAGGUACUUUCUAUUAUACAUAGAUGUCUAGGCUUGUGGGGAAUUACCUUUCAGUCUGUUUUAAGUCUACGACCAGACGUUUUGUGGAUUAAAGACAUAGCAUCUUGUCAGCAGUCAAAUCUUCCUGAGAUAUGACUUGUAAGUCUUGGAAAUAUUUACGUUAUCAUCAGGGAAGUCGGAUGAAUCCAGCUAUUGGUGGUCCUGCAUUAAUUGUAGUAGCUGCUUUGGUCCAAAUUCCCCACACUGUGUCUGUUCAUCCUUGCUGCUAAAACUGGCUCUGCCAACUCAAGUUUUCAUACAAAUUAAGAAAGGUCGAAUAAAAUUUGUACAGAUCUGAAGACUUGAACUUUUUUAACUAAUUAGAUUGUAUAAUAAAAUACUAUUCCUUUAAUUCUAUUAUUUUGAAAGUGUGUACAAAAAAAUAUUAUUUUACCAUUAACAGAAUUAAUUGCAGAACUAAGCACAAUAAGUCAAAAUUGAAUGUCUAUAUGGUAAUACCAUGAAAAGGGAUUUGAUGCAAGGUAAUAAUGAGUGCAAAAAAAAAAAUGUAAAUGAUAUUUAACUGUCUGCUUUUUUAAUGCAACAGGGAAAGCCUGUCCUUGUAAUGGUUUUGAUGUUUGCUCAAUCCAAUGUUGUAUGGGCAACAGAUGACUAAGUUAAUGAAUGGCAAAAGGAAUGUAAUACUGUGCUAAACAUGGUCAUGCUGGAUUCUAGCCUUAACAUUUGCCUUUAACAUUUAUUUUAAGUGCCUCCAUAGUCAUUUGUUUGCUCGUGCAUAAGCGAGCCAUUUCCCAGCCUUCCUCUGACAUGUGUAUCGUAAUGGUCCUUUUGGCUCUAAUCUGGCCUUAACUCAUGUAGCCAUGUUACGUCUCAAUAGCUGGACAAACCUGUAAUGCUGUAAGAUGAACAUUUCUACCUUUGUGUGCAACCAUCCUCAGAACCCUUAUAAAAGUAAAAUUGUGUUUUUAAGAAACAAAAGCAUAAAGGAAAGAAGGACAGUAAUAUUACACUAUCACUGGUGCAUCAUUUGUUUACUUUUAGAAGACUAAAACUACUCGUGUCAUUGUGACCUUGGGUUCACCAUGACCAUCCUGUUAUCAUAACUAAAUCCUGCUUUCCAAGAAUACUGUGAUGUACAUAUUUGUUUGUAAGUCAGUCUGCUUAACAAUCCUGAUCACAGAAACUUGUGAUCAUGGUCAUAGAUUUUUAACUAGCUGUAAACAGCCCUUCCUCAAAACUGUACUUCCUAAGCCAGUCUGUCAGAUAGUGGUCUACAUUAUCAUUGUGAGGUUAGAUCUGGAAAAUGUUGUAGUAUCAAUGAGUUAAGUUUAUCUAUGCAGCAACGGUCUCUGAUAUCCAGCAUCGGUCACUUAUCCAAUAGCAUGUCUGUGUCACCCAGUGGACAGAGUUCAUUGUUUAGGUUACGGAGAUCUCUACCUCAAUCAGAAAAUAGGCUACAACUAAUAAAAAGUAUUUUUGGCUAACAAGUUAAAAUUUGAUGGCCUAUAAACUCCGCUUUGAGUGAAAUUAGCAUUUAUGUGGCACAAAUGGUUUGAUAAUCAGUUUCUACUUUUGAAUUGUUGGGUCAUAGAAAUGUUUUGCAUCCUUUAAGUGUAUGUAUAUUUAUAAUGAUGUACUGCGAGUGACAGAGGGGCACUUGAAAACUUGUAAAUUGUUUUACCUGUGUAAAUAGUCUAUCUCCUAUGAGGGGACUCAUGGAAGAUUGUUGUGGAAUUGGACAUGGUUCCUUUUGCUUCCAUGUACAUAUUAUAGAUAUAUUUGUUAACUAAUCUGAUCCUUUGGAAAUUGUAAAUAAAGAUCAUUUC